AUGACAAUUCAGUCUCUUUUGUCUCUUCGUUUGUUAAUCACCUCUCAUUACUCAAGACGAAUAAACGCGCCAAUUUCUUUCCUCAUUCCUCCGCCUUCUCCAGAAUUCUUUUUUUUAUGUGUAGUCUUUCGCCGCCAUUUUUUUUUCGUUUUCAAUUCUCAAUCCUCUGCACUCUUUUCACCCCAGACGUCUCUCGCUGAAAGCAGAAAAUUUAGGAAAUAUUUUAUUUCCUUCUUUCUUUAUUUCAUUCAUUCUUUCUUUCUUUCUUUCUUUCUUUAUUUCAUUCAUUCUUUCUUUCUUUCUUUCUUUCUUUCUUUAUUUCAUUCUUUUCUUUCUUUCUUUCUUUCUUUCUUUAUUUCAUUCAUUCUUUUUUUUCUUUCUUUUUAUUUAUUCAUUCAUUCUUUCUUUCUUUCUUUCUUUCUUUCUUUCUUUAUUUCAUUCAUUCUUUCUUUCUUUCUUUCUUUAUUUCAUUCAUUCUUUCUUUCUUUCUUUCUUUUUCUUUAUUUCAUUCAUUCUUUCUUUCUUUCUUUCUUUAUUUCAUUCAUUCUUUCUUUCUUUCUUUCUUUCUGUGGUUUUAUAGUUUUAUACUUUUUGCUUUUCUUUUUCUUUCUUUCUUUCUUUUUCUUUCUGUGGUUUUAUACUUUUUGCUUUUCUCUUUCUUUCUUUCUUUCUUUUUCUUUCUGUGGUUUUAUAGAUUUAUAUAUUUUUGUUUUUCUCUUUCUUUCUUUCUUGUUUUAUGGGGUUUUACAGUUUUAUACUUUUUGCUUUUCUCCUUCAUUCUUUCUUUCUUUCUUUCAAAACCAACAGUUCUUUCUUUCUUUCUUUCUGUGGUUUUAUAGUUUUAUACUUUUCUGCUUUUCUCCUUCAUUCUUUAUUUAUUUAUUUCUCUUUAUGCUUUCUUAUAAUUUUAUAUAUUUUUUCAUUCUUUUACUGUUCUCUUUCAUACUUUUUCUUUCUUUCUUUCUUUCUUUCUGUGAUUUUAUAGUUUUAUACUUAUUCAUUCUUUUUCAUUCUCUCAUUUUCUUUUUUCUCUGCAUUCAUUUUUCAUUUCUUAUUAAUUUUAUUUUUGCUUUUCUUCAUUUUUCCUUCUCCAUUUUUCGUUCCUUAUAUUCUUUUCUCUUCUUCACUGCUUUCUUUCUUACUUUUUUUUCUUGUCUACUUUUAUUUUUCUUAUUUUGUCGUCGUCCUUUUUUCUUUUUUUCUCUUCAGCUUUUCUCUUUCUUUCUUUCUUUUUUUCUUUCUUUCUUUCUUUCUUUCUUUGUUCUAUACUUUUAUACAAUUAUUCUUUUGUUCCUUUCUUUCGUCAUAAAUCAUUUUAUCUUAUUUCUCUUUCUAUCUUUCCUUCUUCCUUUCUUUUCACUGCUUUUUUAUUUUCUUUUUUCAUUUAUUUAUUGUUUAUAUUCAUUCUUCCAUUUUUUUCUUUUUGUUUUCUUUCUUUCUAUUCUAUUCUUUCUUUCGUUUUUUCUUUUAUUCCCAUCUUUCCUUCCUUCUUUCUUUCUUUCUUUCUUUCUUUUCACCAGUGUUGUCAUUCUUUCUUUCUUUCUUUCUUUCUUUCUUUUGAUUUUCCAAGAGUGUGUAGAAAUUAUUGAUCUAUCACAAUUUCUUUCUUUCUUUCUUUUUAUCUAUCUAUCUAUCUAUCUAUCUAUCUAUCUAUCUAUCUAUCUAUCUAUCUAUCUCACAUCCUACACUCCAUCUCCACUUCGAUUCUCUCUCCAACUUCAGCAAAUCGACCCCCAAACUCCGUCACUUUCUCUCCCUACCAAACCAAUCGAACACUCUCCCCUAACACACCUCUUCUCAUCCUCUUAUCUCUAUCUGCCUCUCCUUUUUUUUUUCUCCAUCGCUUCCCACAACCCAACCCUCCCUCUGCUCGCUUGUCCCCUAUUUCUCUCCAUUUCUUGUUCCUCAGAUAAUUCUUCUUCUUCUUCUUCUUCUUCUUUCUUUCUUUCUUUCUUUCUUUCUUUCUUUUUUCUCUCUUUCUUUCCCGAUUUCGUUCAUUUCUUUUUAUCCUCAGACGAAUUUGAUCAUUUUCUUCUUCUUCUUCUUGUUCUUCUUCUUCUUUACUUCCUUCUUAAUUUCCUGAUUUCCUUUUUUUCUUUCUAUCCUCAGAUAAUUUCAUUCUCCUUCUUUCUUUCUUUCUUUCUUUCUUUCUUUCUUUCUUUCUUCUUCUUCUUCUUCUUCUUCUUCUUCCCGGAUUUUCUACUUGGCUUUUUUACUCUCAGACAAUUUCUUCUUCUUCUUCUUCUUCUUCUUCUUCUUCUUCUUCUUCUUCUUCUUCUUCUUCUUCCCUUUCUAUUCCAACUUCCUCUUUUAAACGUCACAUUCUUUUUCUUUCUUUUCUUCUUCUUCCUUUUCUUCUUUUUCUUCUUCUUUUUCUUCUUCCUUUUACAAUUUCUCUUUUGUUUUUCUUCUUUUUCAUCAUCAUUUGUUUCUUCUUCUUCUACCUUCUUUCCUGAUUUCCUUCUUUUCUUUUUAUCCUCAGAUAAUUUCAUUCUCCUUCUUUCUUUCUUUCUUUCUUUCUUUCUUUCUUUCUUCUUCUUCUUCUUCUCCUCCUCCUCCUUCUCCUCCUCCUUCUCCUUCUUCUUCUUGAUUCCUUCUUUUCUUUUUUAUCCUUACACCGUUUCUCUUUUGUUCUUCUUCUCUUUUUUCUUUUUCUUCUUCUAUUUCUUUUUUUCCUUCGUUCUCUCUUUUCUUUUUUAUCCUCAGGCAAUUUCUCUUUUCUUUCUUUCUUUCUUUCUUUCUUUCUUUCUUUCUUUCUUUCUUUGCUUCCUUUUCUUCUUCAUUCUUCAAAUAAUUCAUCGUUUCUUUUCUUCUUUUGUGUCUGAUUUCCUUUGUUUACUCUUUCAUCCAUUUUGCCAAUUUCUUCUUCUUUCGUCCUUGAUUUUCUUCCUUUUCACGUUCAUUCCCCCUCCUCCCCCUCUUCCUCCUUCUUCUCCUCCUCCUCCUCUUCUUCUUUCGUUCAUAUUUUUUUUUCCUUUUCAUGUUCACUCUUCUUCUUUCUUUCUUAAUUCUCAUUCUUUUCUUGUACAUUCUUCUUCUUCUUCUUUCUUCUUCUUCUUCUUCUUCUUCUUCUUCUUCUUCUUCUUCUCUAAUAUCUUUCCUUUUAUCUAUUCCAACUUCUUCCUCGUUCCAGUUCUCCCCUCUAUAGUCCUUUGUUUCUUUCUUACUCUUUCCCCCGUACCGUUUCUUCCCUCCUGUUCUCUUACCUCUUUCCUUAUACACCCGCCAACCUACCCUAUUCCGCAAUUCUACUUUCUCCAUCUUUAUGGAUUUAGUUCUUGGCAUCCAUUGAGCUUUUCAUCAUUUAAGUAA